GACAGAGGAGGGGCAUGCCACACUAGUCAAAAGCCAGCCGCGUCGGGGGCGUCCCCUGUGCCUCCCCGUGACAUGUCCUGCCUGUCUCCGCUCCGGCUGGUGCCCGUUAUGCCCAUUUUGGAGGUGCCUGGUGAGGAGGGAGAACGUCAGAAGGGCUCGGGGAUCACGGCGGCUGACCCUCUCGCUCUGGCGCCAUCUGAGUCCUCCACUCCGCAAUCCCUGACGCCGCGCUCCUCCCUACCCCCUUCUUCGCGCAUAUCCAAGACCAGGGGAGGAGUUGAUGCUGGUGCCCACGGGGCUCCCAUUUCCCCGGUGGCUCUCCUGGACCGCUUCGCUGGCGAGGACUUCACCGACAACUGCUUGCCAAGCGACGACUGCCUGGCGGCCUUCGACGAGCUCCGCGAGGGUGAUGCUGAUGUGGUGGUGGCGGAUGGUGUGGUGCAGGCCUCGUCCUCCCCAGUGCGGGCCACCAGGUCCAGCAAGCGCACCGCGGCGACCAAGGCCUCCGAUAUGAUGACCAAGGCGAUGUGCAUCAAGGCCGGAAAGUCUCUGGAAGCUUUGGAAGGGGUUGACGAGACAGCGGGACCGCCCCGGCGUGGAACGUCUCACCGCCGAUUGAAGGCCAAGUGUGCUGAGCUCCGGCGUGUCGGAUAGAGGGAUUCAACGGCAGGCAUGCCGCCCUCCUCCGACCCCAUACCGCUCCAGGACCGGCUACCCCUUGCCCGCGACCGGCGCCGCGUCGCUGUUUUGGGCCUUCGUGCCUUGUACCCCUGCUUGUUUGCUAUUUUGCCUGACUCUGUAUU